UACUAACUAACCAACCAACCAAAUAACUAUUUAGCUUUGUGCGGGAAAUGUAUUCAUAGUUAUAUGACCAAAACCUGAAGUUAGGCAUUUUUGAUAAAACAAGCUAUCGGUACGGUAGACGAGAGUACCUUCUUCCUGACAGGACGUACUCUGGGCUUCACACUACCACAGAGACAGGACGUCACCUGACUUCCAUAGUUUAAGUUAGCUGCCAUUUUGUGUCCGCACAGUCUAGUAGGGCGAAGUCCGUUCUCGAACGAAGGAUUAAAGCUCACACAAAUUCUUGCGUUUAUUUUUUUAGUAUAUUUCAUGAAAUUAGUUAUAUUGUAGUUCGAUUUGUUCUGUUAGGUUUCAAUAUUCGCAGUUGUUUUGUGUUCUAUGUUGUCGUCCAACGGUUAACAUUUGUUCUGGUCCUAAGCUUGUUUGUCUUUAGCUGUAACAGGAGAGCUAACGACGUUAGCCCAGUUUCUCGCUUGGGCUACACAGUCCUAGCGUUAGCUUUAAAAGGCUAACGCUAAGUCAGUAGCGAAAUGGCGGUCAACGCAACACAAGCAAUCUCGGCCAAUAACUGGUCCUACACUGCUGGAGAUGGCCAAGUUCCCGAAAACCCAGAAUGGGAGAAAGCAAGACAAGCCCUAGCAUCCAUAAACAAGAGUCAGAGCCCUGCAAAGACAACACAAGCCAACCAGACCACACCAGAGCCCGGUCAGUUCCAGCAAGCAGCGACUGACUCUCCUCCGGUUCAGCAACAGCAGUACUAUCCUUGGUAUCAGCAAACCCAGCAGCCCUAUCCUGGAUACACAUACCCUUAUAACUAUUACUACCCCAUGAAUCCAUAUGGAGCUGCAUAUCCACCAAAUCAGUAUGGUGCACCCCCAGGGUCUUACACAGGAACUGCACCCUCCAAUGGCCAGCCUCCUCCAGUGCCUGGUAUGGAAGACCAGUCCUCCAACUACCCCUCACAACCACAACCCCCUCCCCCUGCUACCCCCCAACCUCCCCAAAGCCCAACCACCUCAGAAAAAACCCCUCCUCCCCCACCCCCACCCAUUCCUCCUCCACCAAACUCCCAAUACCCCCCACCUCCUUCACAAAAUGUUUACAGUGCCAACAACUCCAUGCCUUACCCACCUGGCGAUCCCAACCAAAUGCAAGUCUACAACCACUCCCAGGGAAGGCCUAACUAUGGCCAGGCCUUCCAGGCCCAGAACACCUAUCAGCCACCGCAGAAUAACUCUCAGCAGCCCAGCCAUUAUUUAGGGUUAGGCAGAGGAGAGGCCACCAAAAACAAAAUCCAAAAACAAGGACCGGGACAACAACUGUGGCAUCGCAUGAAACAGGCACCUGGGGCAGCUGCUGUGAAGUUCAAUAUUUCCAAGAGGCCGUAUCAGUGUUCUACAGUUUCCACUCAGGCUUUCACUUCAGAUGAACAGUCCUCGGGACUAAAUCCAGCUUCUUCCUCCACAAAUACUGGCAGUGCAGCACCGGGAGAUGGUCAGACACGAUCUCCAGACUGGCCACAAGCCAUGAAGGAAUAUGUGCAGCGCUGUUUUACAGCCUGUGAGACAGAGGAUGACAAAGAUCGCACAGAGAAGGUCUUGAAGGAAGUUCUGCAGGAUCGGUUAAAGGAUGGGUCUGCUUACACUAUUGACUGGACUCGUGAGCCGCUGCCAGAACUAAAGGUCAAGCAGUCUCGUUGGGAGGCUGUUCAAUCCCAGAGGUCAUCUGAUGCCUCAGUUAGCCGUGGUGGAAGUGCAGUGGCUGCAGCCUCAAGAGGCAGGGGUGCUGUAUCCCGAUUGGGCCAUUACCGGAAUAUAUUUUCUCAAAGAAGUCCAUCCUCUAGUUCCUCUCGUUCGUCCUCUAACUCUCCAUCCCCCUCCCGUGGACGACAUAGGGACCGCAGCAACCAAAGACACAGGCGAAGUGAUUCUGGCUCUCAGUCAGACAGCAGCAUCUCCAGUGAUCUCCGACCUCAGCUGUCAAGGCGGAACCAGAAAGGAGCUCGUGGACGUGGUAAUGACAGGGGACGAGGGGGUAGAGGAAGAGGAAAAGCCAACCGAGGAAGACGAAACAUGGAGGAUGGUGCUGGAAAGAAGAGAAAAGGGGACUUUGCUGGAAUGGAUUUCCAUGACCCCAACAGAGAAGCCAAGAAGCAAAGUCGAGCAGCUCGUUUCCACAAGCAGCUGCGCUCGGAGCCUCUGGUUCUCUCUAUUAAUGCACUGGACCUGCCUGAUGGCACACAAGAGGGUCUCAAUUGGGAGGACUGCCCCAUUGUGGGAACAUGUCAGGACAUCACAAAGCACUACCUGAGGCUCACUUGUGCUCCUGACCCUUGCACUGUGCGCCCUGUGCAUGUGCUGAGAAAAUCUUUGCUGUCUGUGAAAGCCCACUGGAAAACCAACCAGGAUUACGCCUAUGCCUGUGAACAAAUGAAGUCCAUACGACAAGACCUUACGGUCCAGGGAGUGCGAACUGAAUUCACAGUGGAAGUGUACGAGUGUCAUGCACGUAUUGCCCUUGAAAAGGGAGACCAUGAAGAGUUCAAUCAGUGCCAGACCCAGCUGAAGGCCCUGUACAAGGAUAAUCCCUCUGAGAAUAUUGGAGAAUUUACAGCAUAUAGAUUUCUAUAUUACAUUUUCACUAAAAGCUCAGGAGAUCUGACCACUGAGUUGGUGUACUUGACCCCAGUGCUGCGGGCAGACAAGUGUGUGGCUCAUGCUCUCGCACUGCGAGCAGCCUGGGCGGUGGGAAACUAUCGCCGUUUCUUUAAGCUCUAUUUGGAAGCCCCACGCAUGGCUUCCUACCUCAUUGACAAGUUUGUAGAGAGGGAAAGAAAAGCUGCACUUCGGGCCAUGUUCAAAACGUUCAGGCCCGACUUGCCAGUGCAGUAUGUGCAGUCCGCUCUGGCCUUCCCUUGUUUAGAGACCUGUAUGGCCUUUCUUACUGGGCUAGGUGUCACCUUUACCCCUUCUGACCCCCAAAGGAUAGACUGUAAAACCAGCACUGCAGCUUUGGCUGCCUCUUGAGUGGGUGGGGGGUUGCACUAUUUAAGGAAUCACUGAGAUACCCACAUAGGUCUUUACAUAUUUAGUGCACUGCACUUCAGACAACUCAGCCAAUGAAAGUACUGGCAGAUUUACACCUAUAUAAGUCUACAAGAGAAAGACAUUUGCUCAGAUUUCAGGAUUCAGAUCUGGCACUUGGACAAGCACAAUUUUAGAAAAGAAAGGGGGGAGGGAGUUGGCACACUUAACUUGGGUAUCAGGCUAACUUGCAAUAGUUAUCUCUUAACUUUAUGUGGUCUGAAAGUAAACAGAUGAGUUUAGUUUCAUGUAGUCCCAGAAAAAGAUCAGAGAGCCCCUCCCUUCCUCAUGGUUCCAGAUGUCAAAGCUAACAGUGUUUUGUUAUGUUUUUCCUUCCUCAAGUCAACAGCUUCAAGACCUGAAGACUCGAGCCUUGUCAGUCAAAAGGGAAAUGCAGUUCUUCCUCAAGUCACUUGCCCAGCACUCUGAAGAUUGAAGUCGGGAAUCAGGUUAACAGCAUAUUCCUCUUAGAGACUUUGACAUGAGGAAGCAAGAAGAUUCCAGCAGUUUGUCUAAAGGAAGAAGAAGAAGAAGAGGUGGUGGUUUGUAUUUCCUGGUCUGCAUCCCGUAUGUAUCUGUAGCUGGCUGUUCAUCCCGUCCCUUGUUCCCAACCAUAACAGCCAGUGAAAGGAAUGGACGAAAGUGGAAAGUUUCCAGAUUUUACUUAAGUACUGUUCAUCAGGUGUCUCAUUUAUGAAAUGGUUGUCCGGCACGUGACACAAGUCUCCAUCUGAGGAGAAUUGACUGUGUAUGGUAGAGGAUACAGGAUGUCUUCUUCAUUGAGGUCCUGUGCUCACUCGUCCAGGAAGCUGAGCGCCGUCUCCAGAGUCAAAGCAGCCAAAAGCAGAAAUUACAUCUGCUUACAUCGUGCUCAGGUAGAGGUUCCUGUCAGCGCCUGGGGUCCAGCACACGGUGGUCAACACAAGAAAGCGUCUUCAUAAUGGCCGUCCUCACUCAGCUGUCGCCUUCGAGUUCAGUUGAAGGCGGAUUACACAUGGUAGAGCUUCGAGGGGAAACGUGCUGCUGCUGCUGCUUCACAAAGGAACAUCAAGUGGUUUGUAUGCUACGUCCGGUCUCUGGUAUUUGCAUUACUGGUAAGAGAAAAGGACUUCUCUGGAAGGAGGUGGAUGAUGGCACAUUUCUUCCGUGUUAAUCAUUUGUUUUUUGAACAGCAGUAUUGGCUGUCUCUUGACAAAUUUCAUAAUAUCCCAAGUUGAUAUUGGACAAAUGAAUUAAGCAGCAGCAAAAUCAGCAAAAUGCUAAAUCCAGAUAUUUUGCUCCAUGAUGUUUGAAUUUCAUUGAGUAUUUCAACCAAAGGAGACCAGAUGUAGACGGUGAUGCGCUUAAUAGGGAGAUGUUAGGGUUACAGCUUUGUCAGUUUAUUUCUAAUUGCAUAUGAAAUCGUAAAAGAUAAAAAGAACAGUUGCUCUUGGGAGAGGAAAAAUCUACACAUGGUAAACUAAUGUGAUUUGGCCCAUUUUUCUUGAGGUUUGUGCCUUUUUUGGACGAAGGAGCCCUGAUGCUGUAGGACACAGUCAUAGGCGAAGAUAAGGGACAGGACGACUACGAUAUUUAAAGUGAAGGUCCUCCACAUCUUGUAUGUCAGGAAAUGUAAAGCUCACCAGCAGAACUUUUCACUUUUCUCAUUGAAGUGAUUUUGUGCUGCUUUCCUUAGACUCCAUAUCAACAUUGUUCCCCCGUUAUCUGACUUGUUUUUAAAGUAUUAAUUACCACAGUAGAAACCCUGACACUGACGUAUUUGUCUUUGGUGUAACUGACCAGAGCACAGGUGGAUGCAGCCUUCCUGUACAGUCUAAAUGUCCUGUUUUAUGUAAAUAUUGUAUCAUUGAGUACUUUUCAUUCAGUGCAUAGGUUUUCUUUUCUCACACAUGGGUAAGUGUGAUUUGUUGUUUUUUUGUUUUUGUUUGCUGAACAUGAAUAAAAUUCCUAGACUGUUUUUGUGAAUAUGUAAAUUUGAAUGUAGAUGGAUUUGCAUUAGCUUGUGUGACGUCUUCAUCACCAGUGACCACAGUGUAGGAGAAUUGCCAGUUACAGUUUUUCCUGUAAUUAUUGGUACAAAGUCUUUGACCUAUGGCAAGAUGGCGCUGAUAUGAAACAUUUGUCUUUUUAAAACUGCCCUUUCUUCAGGCAAAACAAAAAUACAUGGCCACAUUUUGAUACUUGUUUUGCCAAAAAAAAGGAUAGAUUUCUAUUAAGCUGACAAACUGCUUGUCUGAACCUGGAUUUGUGAAGUGUGAUUUUCUGCAAUGAUGAUCUCAACAUGUUUUCUUUCUUCCCUUCAUCUACCUUAUCCCCGUCUUCUUUGCUGCCCCCCUUUUCUUUAUUCCCUAAACCUUUCUCACACCACCAGUCUCCUCAUUCCUCUGCUCAUACUACUGCUGCAUUGCAGGAGCAUCACAGGGUGGUGGUGGUGAUGAUGAUGUGUGAAGUGGGCGAACCUCCUCCAGACUCCAGCCGGAGAGGGUGAAUUGUGAGCAAACCAUGUCUGGGUUUGACCCACUCAACUUGAAGCCAUUCAGUUGAUUUAAAACAUGGGAGCCUGGCGUGAUGAAAUGUGGAAACAGUCGAGCCACUGCAAAUGAUUUGCUGCUAAAAUGUCUCUCUGCAACAUGACCACUGUUUCAUGAUAAAUGAUGUUUAAAACUUGAGGCAUAAUCUUGUGCUUUGUCUGUUUGUCCAAAUGCAUUCCUUUUUUGAGCUGGCUUGUAACGAGUAGGUUGUUUUUGUUUUAUUUUUUACAUUCAGGAGUGAUUUUGGUUUGCUUGAUUAAGAGACCUGCUUUAGUCCGGAUUGUUUAGUAAAGCUGAGUUUUAUUACCCAUUAUUUAAAAUGUGUUUGGACAUACAGAAUUAUUAAUCUCAUAAUCCACCUACAGUUUUUUUUUUUUUUUUCUUUUUUAACCAAGUGAUAAAGGCUAAAGUUGCGAAUUUGUAAACUGCUGUUGUGUGUAUGUGCUCCCAUAGUAAGAAUGACUUUUGGUUUCUGAGCUUGACUGUGUGCGAGUGUGUGUGUGUAACCUUUGUACUCUCAGGAUGUUACAGUAGAAUAUUCACUUACCAAUACACAUUAUUCCUGGUUGCUUCCCCUCCUCAGAUGCCUCUUCUUUAAUUUUUGGUUUGUUUGUUUUUUGGCUCCCUUGUUACUGAAUGUCACCCAUCAGUCUUUGUAACUCCUUUCCUGUCAUUUGACUCUGAAGAAAAAUCCCACAUGCUACGUUUCUGCUGUGUUCGUCGCCACUUAUCUCCCCCUUUCAUUUUAGUUCAUUUUGCGUGUCCUCACUUUCUUCUCCCUGCAUGUCAUCCUCCUCCCUCUCCUUCUCUUUCCUACUGAUUUCUAACCAGUAUUAUUUUUUUCUACUUUUUUACCUCGUCCCUUUUUAGUGUUGAGUUUGUUUGUGAUUGUUGCUUUGUGCAACGUGUCACUCUGGCUAGUAAGUACUGUGUUGUGUGCAAUGCUUUGAUAGUUUAAGUUGCAGCUCACUAACAACUGAAGCUGAAGGUUUAGCUACAUUCUCUGUCCCUCUUUUCCUCUUGCCUCUACAGAUCUGUUAUGAUCAACUGCCACUUUGUAAAUAUCGUGUACAUAUUGUCUUUUGAAGAUAAGAAUCUAAUAAAAAUUCAAGUCUAAA